AUGUCUGCGAAAGUCCAAACCAAUAAACCCGCUAUCGAAAGCACAUCCCCUCCCCAAAGUGUCACAAAUGCAGAAGAUUAUCGAAAAAAUACAGAAGAACUCUCACGGGACAUCUUAUAUCAUGUCAUUCACCAACUCGAAAACCAAGCUUCAAGACAAGAAUCCAUCAACUCAUCAAGCAAAAACAACAGCGAUGACCUCGAAGUCUUUCGUUUCUUCGUCGUAACCAUGAUCGCCAUCUCCGUCUUCGGCGCCUCAACCUUCGCCGUCAUAGUCGGAGAAAUGACUGACCCAGCGGACAUCUGGGCUCCAGAUCCGCCAACGUUUUCUCUCAAAACAGUCCGACUGUUUCUCUCAGUGUCUUGGCUCGCGUUUGCAGUGUCUAUUGCUUUGGCUGGUUACAGCGGGAGUUUUCUCGCGUUGAUGCGACAAAAGGCAAAGGGCGAGAUUGACGAGGAGACUAUCAAGAAGUGGACGCCUGCUGGGCUUGUUGUUUCUGCUGCGUUGCAUCUGCUCAUUGUCACGGGGUUCUUGUUCAUGGCGCUUAGUCUUGUGGCGUAUGUUGGAUCGUUUGGCUGGGUUAUUGUUGGGUUUUCUGGGGUGAUGUAUCUCGUGGUCUUUUAUUUACUUGGUGCGCAGUUUCGCGCCGUGUGA